AUGCCAAAGUCUGCUAAAAUAUCUAUCAAGCCAAAAUCAGCCGUAAAUAUACCUCCAAGCUAUGCUGACAUUCGAAAAACCGCAACAGAUGGAAUCAAGCAGCACGGAAAGGCUGCAGCAACCACCGAAAACUAUUUCGGACAUAUUCGACGUGGAAGACAAUUUCUAGAGAACUUUGUUCUUGAGGAAAGUCGGGCAGAAGGGGAAUGGUGUGGGAAUGAUAAUGCUGCUCAAAAUUUGUCAACAGAAGGCGAGGAAAGCAUUCAAUCACUCAAUAGUACUGAAUUUUGCAUGCCUGCUCAGUUUCGAGAAGCAUUUGACAGUUUUCCUAUUGAAUGCACCCCCCUUGCCAUUUCUAUGUUUAUCGCAUUCAAGUGCUACACGCAUAAUCGUGGCAAAUCAACGGCAUCUGCCAUUCAUGCUGCAUUUCUUCGGCACUAUGACCAGAUGAGCGGUGACAAAUAUCGUGGAAAGUGGCAUUUUGAUGUUCAUAGCAAAGAAUGGGUAGGAAAUCCAGUGCGAUCUGCAGAAGUCGAGGAUCAAGUAGCCGCUUGCAAACAAAAAGACGGCGAAGGCGAAAGAAAACACUCACGCGCAAUAUCAAUUCAAGAUAUGCAAUAUCUACUUCGCAAUUUUAAACAUAAAUGCCCUUCAAUUGAUUCAUCGCGCAAGUUGCUGAAUCAGCGAAAGGAAAUCACGGCAAGGUGUAAUCACCUUUUGUUUAAUGCAUUAUCUACAUCUGCGUUUACAAUAUGGAUGAGGGUUGGCGAGGCCACUUCUCUCCAGUACAAGCACUUCGAGUUUCCUAUGGGUCGUCAACGCACUAGUAACGGCCACCAUUUUUUUAGGCUUAAUCUACGAAACCGGAAAAACUGGCAAAAGCGGGAAAAGAAUGGGGAACAUCAGCUAAGCGGCCACACAUAUAUGAUUUAUCAACAACCAAAAACGCCGGAAAUUGAUAUGUAUACACACCUCCUGGACUGGCUUGAGUUUUACGAGGCCAUCCUUCUUGGUAGACCACUCCAGCCCGACGACUUUAUAUUUCCAAUAAUAGGAACAAACGGCAUAUCUGUCCAGCCCUCUCGAGCAAUGACAGCCGAAAUUGCUCAAAAGAAAAUCAAUCAAAUGGCCUCUGAGUCUGGUAUUCACGGUGCAGCAUUUUUUACAACGCACUGCUUUAGACGGGGCGGUGCACAGUACAGAUUUAUGUUUGCACCGCUUGGAGAGCGAUGGACAUUGGCUCGGAUACGAUGGUGGGGUGGAUGGGCAACUGGAGAGCAUCGGGAUACCUUAAUCAGGUAUCUUUUAGAUGAGCUAUACACUUACGAAGAAGAUCACAGCAACGCCCUUUGCCCCAAAAAUGUAGCAGAUGAUCUGAACGUAGAUCACAAGUUGGUAUUGAAUGCUGCACCCCCGGCCGAAAUUGUUGCUGGAUUUACUCGCCAAGUUGCUCAACAAAUUGACACCAUCCAUUCUCGUCUCAAGGAACUACAAGAACAACACACUACGGAAAUCACGGUACCUCAUUCCGUGCAAGGUUUCUCCGGCUCAAGUAACUGCACAUCAGUUGACUUGGAGUCUGAAAUGCCCACUCCGGCUGUUUUUACUUCACCCCACCACCUCACUGGUUUGAUUCGCUUUGACGACAGUAAGAAAGGUGUCGAUUCACGUCGUCACCUUAUUCCAGGCCUUCCCCGAAAGCUUCUUGCAAGGGCUUUUGAACAAGUGGCAAAAGAUUGGGAAGAAGCAGAUCCUGUCCGAUCUCUUUAUGUCCCAAUGAAGUUAUGGGAUCCUCAGUGGCAUAAGGACUCUGGCGAGUCACAGAAGUAUGGACAGCGCCAGACGGUUGCUCUGGAGUUUAUUGACCACUACAAGCGAGAUAAAUCGGCAUUCAUGCUCGCAUAUCCAGAGCACUCCAAGGGCUUUACGCCCCUGCUAAAAGCUAUCCGAAAAGCACAGCAAAUUCGAGGUGAAUGCGAGCAGCGCCGCCGCAAGAUCAUCAUUUGA